GCCAAGGGCGAUGAUGCUGCAGCAGCCCCUGCUGACAUGAAGGAACAUGUACCAGGGGAGGAUUCUCAAAUGUCAGAGAUGAGCGGCAUCUUCGUGGAGAUGCCGGAGAGUGUCACAGCAACAAAAGGCAAGGACGUCACGUUUGUGGCUAAAGUUGACUCCUCGAACCUGCUGAGGAAGCCGAACAUGAAGUGGCUGAAGGGGAAGUGGCUGGAUCUGAGCAGCAAAGCUGGGAAGCACCUGCAGUUCAAAGAGGUCUAUGACAGGAACACCAAGAUCUACACUUAUGAGAUGAACAUCAUCAAAGUCGUGGAUGGAGACGCAGGUGGCUACCGCUGCGAGGUCACCUCCAAAGACAAGUGCGACAUCUGCACAUUCGAAGUCACCGUACAGGCUGUACAAGAGGAGCAGCAGGACAACAUCUUGGAAGCGUUUAAGCGAUCUGGAGAUGCAGGUGAGGAUGCUGGUGACCUAGACUUCAGUGCCCUGCUCAAGAAAAGGGAGAAGAAACACAAGGAGAUUGCUCCAGAAGAAGUGGACGUAUGGGACAUCCUGAAGGAGGCCAAGGCCUGUGACUAUGAGAAGAUUGCCUUUGAGUAUGGCAUCACAGACCUGAGAGGCAUGCUCACACGGCUGAAGAAGAUGAAGAAGAAGGUGGAGCCCAAGAAGAGUGACGCUUUCCUGAAGAAGCUGGAUUCAGCCUACUCAGUGGACAAGGGCAAGCGGAUCCAGCUCACAGUGGAACUGGCUGACUCCAACGCUCCAAUCAAGUGGCUCAAAAACGGACAGGAAAUCAAACCAUCAGCCAAGUAUGUGUUUGAGAGCGUGGGCAACAAGCGGACACUCACUAUCAACAAGUGCAACCUGUCUGAUGACGCAGCGUAUGAGUGCGUGGUCGGGGAGGAGAAGUGCUUCACGGAGGUUUUUGUCAAAGAGCCUCCAAUCACCAUCACCAAGCUGCUGGAUGACGUUCACACCGUGGUGGGUGAGAAGGUGGAGUUUGAGGUGGAAGUAUCCGAGGAAGGAGCCAACGUCAAAUGGAUGAGAGAUGGAGUCGAGCUGAACAGAGAAACUGCAGGUUCAAAGUACAGGUUUAAAAAGGACGGGAAGAAGCACAUUUUGAUCAUAAAUGAAGCAACUCAGGAGGAUAUUGGAAUGUAUUACGUGUACACCAACGGCGGAGAGUCGAAGGCAGAACUGGAGGUUGAAGAUAAGGAGCUGGAGGUUCUGCAGAACAUAGCUGACCUGACGGUGAAGGCUUCUGAACAGGCUGUGUUCAAGUGUGAAGUGUCCGAUGAAAAGGCGACGGGGAAAUGGUUCAAGGACGGCGUUGAAGUCCAGUCCAGUGAUCGCAUCAAAAUAACACACAUCGGAAGGAUCCACAAGCUGGCGAUUGAUGACGUGAAGCCUUCGGACGCUGGAGAUUAUACAUUUGUUCCUGAUGGCUACGCACUUUCUCUCUCUGCAAAACUCAACUUCCUGGAAAUCAAGAUUGACUAUGUUCCCAGACAAGAUCCUCCCAAAAUUCACCUGGACACCAGUGCCACCGGCAAUAAGAACACCAUAACCGUGGUGGCUGGUAACAAACUUCGCUUUGACGUCGAGAUCACAGGAGAGCCGGCGCCCACUGUGUGCUGGAUGAAAGGAGCAGAAUUGGUGUCUGAGGGCGAGGGAAGGGUCCGCGUGGAGUUUAAUAAAACCGUGAGCAGCUUUGUGAUUGAGGGGGCGGAGAAAGGAGAUGAGGGCUGCUACUCCAUCACCGUGACUAACCCUGCUGGAGAAGACAAGGUCGAACUCUUUGUCAAGAUCGUGGAUGUGCCCAACUCUCCUGAGAAUGUCAAAUGCACAUCAGUUGGCGAGGACUAUGGCACGAUCACAUGGGACCCUCCUGCAUAUGACGGCGGAGUUCCCAUUAAAGGGUACCUGCUGGAGAGGAAGAAGGUUGGCUCAGACAGAUGGACCAAGCUCAACUUUGAUGUUUAUGAGUCCACCACAUAUGAGGCUAAGAAGAUGAUUGAAGGUGUACUUUAUGAGAUGAGAGUGUUUGCAGUCAACGGCAUUGGCAUCUCUCAGGCCAGUGAAAACUCCAAGCCCUUCAUGCCCAUUGCCCCCACCAGCGAGCCCAUUCGUCUCAGCGUGGAUGAUGUGACAGACACUACCUGCGCACUCAAGUGGCGUCCUCCGGAGAGAGUCGGAGCGGGUGGCAUCGACGGCUACAUCAUUGAAUACUGCACAGAAGGAAGUGAUCUGUGGGUGCAAGCUAAUGAGGAACCAUUGGGGAAUAACCAGUACAGGGUGAAAGGUCUACAAGUGGGCGAGAAGAUGCUGUUCAGAGUGGUGGCUCUCAACAUCGCUGGGCGCAGCCCCCCCGCAACUCUCACCCAGGCCGUCACUAUCCGAGAGAUCAUGGAGCAACCAAAGAUCCGCCUUCCUCGCCAUCUGAGGACCAAACUGAUCACCUUAGUGGGUGAGAAGGUGAACAUCGUCAUCCCCUUCCAGGGUAAACCUCGCCCUGUCGUGACCUGGUACAAAGAUGGCGUUCUCCUGGAGGACAACACAGUAGGAACUCGUACCAGUGACGUGGACUCCAUCCUCUUCAUCCGCUCAUCUGAGAGAGCCCACUCCGGAAAGUACACACUGUCCGUUCAAGUUGAGAACAUGUCGGACAGCGGGGACAUAGACAUCCAGGUUGUAGAAAAGCCAGGUCCUCCCAUUGAUGUGCAUGUCACAGACGUCUGGGGUUUCAAUGCUGGGCUGGAUUGGAAGCCGCCCAAAGACGACGGCAACUGCGAGAUUAUCGGCUACACUAUUCAGAAGGCUGACAUGAAGACUAAGGAUUGGUUCACGGUCUAUGAGCACAACCGCAGGCCCAACUGCACUGUGUCCGACCUGGUCAUGGGGAACGAGUAUUCCUUCCGAGUGUUCAGCGAAAACAUCUGUGGCCACAGUGACGAUCCUGGCAUCAGCAAGAACACCGCCACUGUUACCAAAACAGGUUUGGCCUAUAACCGCCCCCCCUUCAAAGACAAGGAUGUGAACCAUUCCCCAAAGUUUACAGCGCCCCUGGUCAGCAGAAGUGUGGUCGCAGGUUACAGGACAGCCAUCAGCUGUGCUGUCCGUGGCUACCCCAAGCCAAAGAUAGUUUGGAUGAAGAACAAUAUGAUCAUCGGUGAAGACCCCAAGUUCCUGAUGCAGAACAACCAGGGCGUGCUGACUCUGAAUAUCCGCAGGCCAAGCAUGUUUGAUGGGGGCAAAUACUCCUGCAGGGCCAUCAAUGAUCUCGGGCAAGACGAGGUGGAGUGCAAGCUGGAGAUUCGAGUUGUACAAGAGAAAGGAAUGGAGGCGAAGAUAUGAGCGACAGCACGAAACAGCAGAGGACACAGUCGAACAGGAAUAGUAAUGGAUUAUGUAUAACGGGAUAGUCAUGAAAAAAUAUGAUUAGAAUAGAUCACUGGCGAGGCUCUAAAGCCAAUCCCGCGGCCCCCUCCCCCUCCUAUCACGGCAGCUAUGACGAAUGCAACAUCAGUAAUAUGCCAUACAUUUUUACAGCAAGCUGCCACCUUGUCACAUCCUGACUGAGAAGCCACCGAGCAGUGUAGUAGCACUACCCCUCUGUGACCACACACAGAUGGAUCCUUCUUAUCUGUGAAGUGGACCUGUCACUGAACACACUUAUA